UUAUUUUUCCAAUUUCUCGUUUAGACUUCUGUCAAAAAGAAAAGUCAAUACGAUAUUCACAUAUCAUUCUUGAAUAUAUUUUUCUGAAAAGUAAUUAAGUUAAAAUAAUUACUUGACUAUGUCGCGUAUAAGUAUAAUAUUGUUGCUAUUUGCUGUGCUAUGGAAUAAUCUAGGUUUUUGUUAUACAACUGCAGAUGUCGAAAUAAGUACACCUGUGAACGAUGUUAUUUCGGGAAGUGAGGAACAAGAGUCCUCAGUGUUCUCCAAGGAAAAGAUCAACAAAGCCAUAGAGAAUAUAGAAGAAAUAUCAUCUACAGCCGAAAAUUCUAACCGAAAAGGGAUCUUGCCAGUAGAGGAUAUCGAAAAAAUGUAUAACGCAAUGAAUGCCAAUUUUGAGGAUAUUAUAGAAAUGUUAGCAAAUCCUAAUAAUGCAUAUGAAUUUUUGCAAGCCAAAGGCUUAGAUCGAAUUAUGAUAACAAAUAUAGAAACUCCAUAUACCCCUUUACGGAAUACUAUUUUGAAUUUGCUUAAAAUCUUAUUCGAUGUUGCGCCCUCGACGGCGGACGCCGUGAUGCCUGCUAGGAUGAUAGAUAAAGUCCUUGAUAUAUUCGUAACUGAUGACGAUUUGACUGUAAAAGAGAACGUAGUGGAUAUUCUAGAUAUUUGGCUACCAGAGAAUCCAAGAGUACAAGCGAGAGUAAUGAAGAUCAAGGGCUUAGUGCCGUUCUAUGAGCAAAUAUCAAAGCUUGAAGUCCGUGGUGUCCGGACGCUGCUUAACUUGUUCAACAAGAUUUUAAAGGAACAUUUAGAUGUCCGUUACAAGAAGCCUCAGAAAAGUAAGCGGGACGGUGAGGAAUUAAAACUGUAUCAGAGAAUUGGCCUAAUAGAGCACAUGUCUAGAAAAGAAGUAUGUAAUGGUCUUCUAGAAAUUUUUAGAUUCACCUGGCAUUCUGAGCCUGAGAACGAAUUGUCUGUGCUCAUUUUGGACUUGUCCACCAAGGUGGCACCUUUCUGUCUGAAUGCUUUCAAGGGCAAACUGGAGGCAGAAGAAUUAUUUGAUAACUUCUUGAAGUAUCUAAAAGAACAAGAUAGGCAGGAGUAUUUGGCGAAGUUUGGUAUGAAUGCGUCUGACAUUGAAACUAUAGUUACAAAUUACCUUGACAGUCUGAAGCAGGUCAGCGAAAUGAAAGAUGAAUUUUAGUGUUCAUGUGUUGUCAUUUGAUGUAGGUAUAGAUGUUAAAUACAAUG